UAGAGAGAGAGAGGAGAUAGAGAAACUUAGCUACGAAAAGGGCGUUUAGAUACUCCAGUCCCAAGAAUCUCUCUCCCCUGUACUGGGUGUUUUGGGUUUUUUUUUUUUUUUUCCUUUUCUUCUGUUUCCUCUGAUUCUUUGGGACCUGUAACUAAGAUCUGCACUGGGAGGACUAACUGCAGGGAGAAAGCACCGUGCGCUGAAAGGGAGGAUCGUCUGCUGGGAGGACUGAAGCGCUGAACUCUGGUGUCUCAGUAGUUUGCCGGAGUCCAGAUCCCGGCUUCCCCGCCCCUAUUCCCUGCUCCUCCCCCACUAUCCACCCCUCUCUCUUCUAUCCCCUUUUCACCAUGGAAAGUCUCCCGGGAGCCUUCUCGGACUAGUCGAAGAGACAGGCAACUUUGCUUUCUCGCGUGGGCCAAAGCAGAGCAGGGCAAGGCAGAGCAGACUCUGGCAAAGCCGGGACAAGGACUGGACCGGACCCACCACAGCACGAUGACCGAAGAGAGCAAAGGGGAAGGCAAAGGAGAGAGCGGGAAAGACCUAGAGAAGCAGCUUCGCCUCCGAGUUUGUGUCCUGAGCGAGCUCCUGAAGACCGAAAGGGACUAUGUGGGGACGCUGGAGUUUCUGGUGUCGGCCUUUUUGCAUCGAAUGGUCCAGUGUGCAGCAUCAAAAGUUGACAAAAAUGUUACAGAAGAAACUGUGAAGAUGCUUUUUUCAAACAUUGAAGAUAUACUUUCAGUUCAUAAAGAAUUUCUCACUGUGGUGGAAGAGUGUUUACAUCCUGAACCUAAUGCUCAACAGGAAGUUGGAACCUGCUUUCUUCACUUUAAAGAUAAGUUUCGUAUUUAUGAUGAAUACUGCAGUAACCAUGAAAAAGCACAGAAAUUGCUUCUUGAACUUAACAAAAUAAGAACUAUAAGGACAUUUCUUUUGAAUUGUAUGCUACUUGGAGGAAGGAAGAAUACGGAUGUUCCAUUGGAAGGCUAUUUAGUAACACCAAUACAACGAAUUUGCAAGUAUCCACUCCUUUUGAAGGAGUUGCUGAAACGGACUCCAAGGAAACACAGUGACUAUGCAGUUCUGAUGGAAGCCCUCCAGGCCAUGAAAGCUGUUUGUUCCAACAUAAACGAGGCCAAGAGACAGAUGGAAAAAUUAGAAGUCUUGGAAGAAUGGCAAUCUCAUAUUGAAGGCUGGGAGGGUUCCAACAUCACAGAUACCUGUACUGAAAUGCUAAUGUAUGGGGUUUUGCUGAAAAUUUCUGCAGGAAAUAUUCAAGAACGGGUGUUUUUUCUUUUUGAUAAUCUUUUGGUAUAUUGCAAAAGAAAACACAGGCGGUUAAAGAAUAGCAAGGCCUCUACAGAUGGACACCGUUAUCUUUUUCGUGGCAGAAUCAAUACUGAAGUGAUGGAAGUUGAGAAUGUGGAUGAUGGAACAGCUGACUUCCACAGUAGUGGACAUAUUGUUGUUAAUGGUUGGAAGAUACAUAAUACAGCAAAGAAUAAAUGGUUUGUGUGUAUGGCUAAAACACCUGAAGAAAAGCAUGAAUGGCUAGAAGCUAUUAUGAAAGAAAGAGAAAGGCGAAAAGGCUUAAAACUGGGGAUGGAACAAGAUACUUGGGUCAUGAUUUCUGAACAGGGAGAGAAACUUUAUAAAAUGAUGUGUCAACAAGGAAAUCUUAUCAAAGACAGAAAAAGAAAAUUGACUACCUUCCCUAAAUGUUUUCUUGGAAGUGAAUUUGUAUCCUGGUUGUUGGAGAUUGGUGAGAUUCAUAAACCUGAAGAAGGAGUUCAUUUGGGACAAGCAUUAUUAGAGAAUGGAAUUAUCCACCAUGUUACUGAUAAACAUCAGUUCAAACCAGAACAGAUGCUAUAUAGAUUUCGCUAUGAUGAUGGGACAUUUUAUCCAAGAAAUGAAAUGCAAGAUGUGAUUUCCAAGGGUGUAAGAUUAUAUUGCCGCCUUCACAGUCUGUUUACUCCAGUGAUAAGGGAUAAAGAUUACCAUCUAAGGACAUACAAAUCUGUGGUCAUGGCCAACAAAUUGAUAGAUUGGCUAAUUGCACAGGGAGAUUGCCGGACCAGAGAAGAAGCAAUGAUCUUCGGCGUAGGUCUUUGUGACAAUGGAUUUAUGCACCAUGUCCUUGAAAAAAGUGAAUUUAAAGAUGAACCCCUACUUUUUCGUUUUUUUGCGGAUGAAGAAAUGGAAGGAUCAAACAUGAAACAUAGACUUAUGAAGCAUGAUUUAAAAGUUGUGGAAAAUGUUAUUGCUAAAUCAUUACUGAUUAAAUCUAAUGAGGGAAGCUAUGGUUUUGGAUUAGAAGAUAAAAAUAAAGUUCCAAUAAUUAAAUUAGUAGAAAAGGGAUCAAAUGCAGAGAUGGCUGGAAUGGAAGUUGGGAAGAAAAUUUUUGCCAUUAAUGGUGAUCUAGUUUUUAUGAGACCAUUCAAUGAAGUGGAUUGCUUCUUGAAAUCAUGCUUAAACAGCAAAAAGCCUCUUAGAGUUCUUGUGAGCACAAAACCAAGAGAGACAGUGAAAAUUCCAGAUUCAGCCGAUGGUCUUGGAUUCCAGAUUCGGGGAUUUGGUCCUUCAGUAGUACAUGCUGUUGGAAGAGGUACUGUGGCUGCAGCUGCGGGUCUUCACCCUGGACAGUGCAUAAUCAAAGUAAAUGGAAUUAAUGUCAGCAAGGAGACACAUGCCAGUGUAAUUGCCCAUGUCACAGCUUGUAGGAAAUAUAGACGACCAAUGAAGCAAGAUUCCAUACAAUGGGUCUAUAACAGUAUCGAGAGUGCCCAAGAAGAUCUUCAGAAAACAAACUCUAAACCUCCAGGAGAUGAUGGAGGGGAUGCUUUUGAUUGCAAAGUGGAAGAAGUAAUUGACAAGUUCAACACAAUGGCUAUCAUUGACGGAAAGAAGGACCAUGUGAGUCUGACUGUAGACAAUGUCCACCUGGAAUAUGGUGUUGUAUAUGAAUAUGAUAGCACUGCAGGCAUAAAAUGCAAUGUGGUAGAAAAAAUGAUUGAACCCAAAGGUUUCUUCAGCUUGACUGCAAAGAUUCUUGAAGCUCUGGCCAAAAGUGAUGAACAUUUUGUGCAAAACUGCACUAGCCUAAACUCUUUAAAUGAAGUUAUCCCUGCUGAUCUCCAGAGUAAAUUUGGCACCAUUUGCAGUGAUAAAAUUGAGCACAUAUGUAGAAGAAUAUCCAGCUACAAAAAGUUUUCACGUGUACUUAAGAAUAGAGCCUGGCCUACCUUUAAACAGGCCAAGUCCAAAAUCUCCCCAUUGCACAGCAGUGAUUUUUGUCCCACUAAUUGCCACAUCAAUGUCAUGGAAGUCUCUUAUCCCAAAACCUCAACAUCCCUGGGGAGUGCCUUUGGAGUACAAUUGGACAACAGAAAACAUAGUUCCCAUGAUAAAGAAAAUAAAGUUUCUGAGCAAGGAAAACUCAAUCCUAUGGUAUAUAUCCAGCAUACUAUCACCACCAUGGCAGCCCCUUCAGGAUUGUCUCUCGGACAGCAGGAUGGACAUGGCCUCCGGUAUAUGUUAAAAGAGGAGGACCUAGAAACACAAGACAUCUAUCAAAAAUUGUUGGGCAAGCUUCAAACUGCUUUGAAAGAGGUAGAAAUAUGUGUCUGUCAAAUAGAUGACCUUCUGUCUUCAAUAACGUAUUCUCCCAAAUUGGAACACAAAACAUCUGAGUCUUUAAUACCAACUGACAGUGACAAUGAGAAGGGAGAAAGGAAUGGGAAAAAGGUCUGUUUCAAUGUAGCAGGAGAUGAACAAGAAGAUUCAGGGCAUGACACUAUCAGCAAUAGAGAUUCCUACAGUGAUUGUAACAGCAAUAGAAAUUCCAUUGCCUCUUUCACUAGCAUAUGCAGUAGCCAAUGCAGUUCCUAUUUUCACAGUGAUGACAUGGACUCAGGUGAUGAACUUCCUUUGAGCAUUCGUAUUUCUCAUGAUAAACAGGACAAAUUACAUGGCUGUUUAGAACAUCUUUUUAGUCAGGUGGACUCAAUUACCAAUCUUCUUAAAGGGCCUGCUGUAGUGAGAGUUUUUGAACAAACCAAGUACUUCACACCAGGUCGAGGAUUACAAGAGUUUCAACAGGAAAUGGAACCUAAGCUAAGCUGUCCAAAAAGACUACGGCUUCACAUCAAGCAAGACCCUUGGAAUCUUCCCAGCAGUGUCCGUAAUCUUGCACAGAAUAUCAGAAGAUUUGUUGAAGAGGUGAAGAGUAGAAUACUUCUGGCUCUUCUUGAAUAUACAGAUAGUGAGAUACAGCUCCGAAGAGACAUGGUUUUCUGCCAAAGUCUAGUGGCCACAGUCUGUGCUUUUUCUGAGCAACUAAUGGCUGCCUUAAAUCAGAUGUUUGACAAUAGCAAAGAGAAUGAGAUGGAGACUUGGGAAGCAAGUAGACGGUGGCUGGAACAGAUUGCCAAUGCAGGGGUUCUUUUUCACUUUCAGUCACUACUCUCACCCAAUUUGACUGAUGAACAAGCCAUGCUAGAAGAUACACUGGUUGCAUUAUUUGAUUUGGAAAAAGUUUCCUUUUAUUUCAGACCAGCAGAACAGGAACCACUAGUUGCAAAUGUACCUCUUACAUAUCAAGCAGAAGGAAGUCGGCAAGCUUUGAGAGUUUAUUUCUACAUUGAUAGCUAUCAUUUUGAACAACUGCCUCAGAGAUUGAAGAAUGGAGGAGGAUUUAAAGUCCAUCCUGUUCUUUUUGCACAAGCACUGGAAAGCAUGGAAGGAUAUUAUUACAGAGACAGUGUUUCUGUGGAAGAAUUUCAAGCCCAGAUUAAUGCCGCUUCAUUGGAAAAAGUUAAACAAUAUAACCAGAAGCUUAGGGCUUUCUACCUGGACAAGUCAAAUUUACCUCCUAACUCCACAUCAAAAGCUGCUUAUAUAGAUAAGCUCAUGAGACCUCUGAAUCACUUGGAUGAACUCUAUCGCCUAAUAAUUUCAUUCAUUAGAUCUAAACGAACAGCAGCCUGUGCUUACACAGCAUGCAGUGCCUCAGGAGUUGGACUGCUGUCAGUUUCUUCAGAACUCUGCAACAGACUAGGAGCAUGUCACAUUAUCAUGUGCAAUAGUGGAGUGCAUAGAUGCACUCUGAGUGUUACUCUAGAACAGGCUAUAAUUCUGGCUAGAAGUCAUGGACUACCCCCCCGGUACAUCAUGCAAGCUACUGAUGUAAUGCGAAAGCAGGGAGCAAGAGUACAGAACACAGCCAAGAAUUUAGGAGUCAGAGACCGGACACCACAAUCUGCUCCACGGUUGUACAAGUUGUGCCAACCGCCUCCUCCUGCUGGAGAAGAAUGAAGCAAAAUUCUCACUAAGAAGGCAAAUAGCUGCUUCUGGAACAAUGGACAAGAAGCCUGGGCUUUUCCUAGUAAAUCAUGUCAUGACUCUGGAUAAACUUCCUGCCCUAGAGAAAUUGUUUAUCUAUAUUUUUCUAUCAUUGUUACUUAUUAAGCAAAAAAGAAAAAAAACAGAUUUAGGAAUCUAAAUCUCAAUAUUUCUCCUGUAAGGAUAUAAGUAGCUAACUCAUUUUGCUGCUUUUUAACUGGGAGAUUAUCACUGAAAAUGUGUUGCAGUUUCUAACGUCAGCUUGAACUCUCACAAAUCACUCUUUCAUCAUAGAUUAGAAUCAAAUGUCAAUUUUAAAAGAUAUUGCCAUUGAUUCUUGAAAUUUACAGAAAAUCAAAGAACAUUUCAAAAAAUGAAACAAUGGAGUACUUUUUUUUCCCCAUUUCAUCCUAUUAAAGGCAUCGAUACUGACAAAUUUAGACUAUUCUAUUUUUUCAAAAUGUAAAGAAUAAUGUAAUCAACUCUUCUACUUUAGAAAAUUUGAUCAUUUAUUUCUGGAUUGUGGUUAUCCUUUUUAAAUAUCCCUAAAAUUUUUUUUUUGUUUUUCUUUCUUUUCUUAUUUUGGGGUUGAAUAUGUGAGAACUAUGUAUAUAAAUUUGAAUGCUUCUAAAAGAGAGGUUUAAAUAUUUUGUAGGCUGUGUCAUUCUCUUCCAUCUUUUUUAGCAUUGGGAAAAUGAAUGAAAAUAGAUCUUUUUUAGCUCAGUUCCUGGAAUCCCCCAGGAUUCAAAUAUAGAUAAAUAGGAGAACUGGUAGUUAACAUACCUUUCAUAUGCUUUCUUUAUGACCUUUAUGAUCCCCAAAGCAUUCUCUGGCCCAAUAUUGUUCAUAUCUGCUGUGAUCUAUGUGUAUAUAUGAAAGAUAUUGUCAGCUGAAGGCCAGCCUUGGAGUCAGAAUCCAGAUUCUUGAAUUACUUUUUUUUUUUUUACUAUAGCCACUGACAUAUAUACAUAUUUAUAGGUAUUUAAAGAAACUUUGAAAGUUCUGACAAAUUAUUCUACUAAGUAUAUAUACAUUCUGAAACUUUUAGCCAUUAAACAAAAGCUUUAAUGUAAUGUUUGUAUAAGUAGUUGUCAGUAAUGAUUUUCUACUGAUUUUAAAUAUACAUAUAUAUAUAUAUAUAUAUAAACUAAUGCUUACAUGUAGCGAGUGUCACUGAACUCUUCAAUAGCAAAGUUGGAGGCAUAUGUGUAACAAAGUCAUUAUUAGGAAACAGAAUAAUAAAAAUAUAGACUUUUGUUUUAUUACUGGCCAUUUUAUUAUUCUGGGGAUGAUAGAAGUAACUAGCUGUACUUUCUAAUAAUACUUUGUUUUCCUAAACAACUAAAAAAAUCAAAGAGUCUCUUAACCUAUCCUUUUGACAGUGGUCACCAAAGCCAGUAGAUCUUUCUCAAAACUUUUCUUAAAUUUAAGAUUUUUCAAUAUUAUGCCAGUAAUAUUGUUUACCAAACUUUGACACAUCCAUGAAAAAUAACAAAUGUUACACAAGUUAGGGUAUAUGACAUGUUUUAGGAAGGUAACUUAUUGCUAAAACAUUGUAUUUUAAAAACAUGUUAUAACUCUUUAAAAAGUGGUAGCAAUGGAAAACUAUGUAUUCAAAUAUAAUUAUAUCAGCAUUAUUUGUCAUUGCAAAAACAUACAUACCAACUGGAACCAACUGAAAUGUUUAAUAAUUGACAGUGGGCUACAUAAAAUAUGGCUUUUAUAUAAUGAUAUAUUGUGAUUCAAAUCAAUAUACAUGAGGAAUAUAAAGAUAUUUAGAAAAUUAGAUAUGAAAAAAACCGCAAAAAAGGCCAAAUAAGAAAAAAAAAAAAGCCUUACUUGACUACAACUAUGUAAAAGUCAAAAUGAGAAGUAGAUACAGAAAGAAUAAUUGACACAUAUGUUGUUAUGGACAUUUAAUAAGCUGAAAUUCAUGUAUUCAACUUUGAAUAGUUAUAAAUUAUUUCAAUUGGCUUCAUUGACAUUUGAAGUAAAUGAUAAAUCAUCAAGCUUAAACCCGUAAUGUGGAAAAUAUCUUACAAGGGGAUAAAAAUGUUCUCUAACAAAUAUAAAGACAUAAACUAAGGAAUUCUUUCUCUGUAAUAGAUAUCAUCUAUAGUAUAAAACCAAUAAUACUCUAAUUCCUCAUUUUAUCUCCCCUUGCCUCUGUCUUCCUUUAGUAAGCUGAAACUGUUCCUAGAACAUAAAUUAUGCUUUGAAGAACUAUAGGAGGCAAUGUAUCUAUAUAUACCCACAUAUAUCUCUCUUAAUUUCAAGGAGGGCACUAGAUAGCAAGAAGAUUUGAGAAUUUAUAUUUUUAACUAACCAAGAGGGAAAAUAUAUUAGAAGACAUUUCCAAAUACCUGGCAAAGUUAUUGGAAAUUUUUCUUUGAUCAAUGUGAAAACAUGAAAAAUCAAGGAAACAGGAGUUUGUUAUUGUUGACAUUUACUGGUCUGUAAACAUUUAGCUUAUGAAAGAGGUUAUCAGUUGUAUUUUUGUACUUCAGGUUGAAUUUAUGAUAGAAACUUUAUGGUUUAAGCCAUGGUAUUUCCUUAAUUUUGGCAUGAUACUAUUAUUCACUAAUUUUAAAACUACUUUAAAGAGUCUUAUGAUGAUAAUGCAAGUAUUAUCUAUUGUCUCUCCCAUUAGAUUGUGAUUUUCUUGAGGUCAGGGACUGUCUUUUUAUAUUUCCAGAGCUUAGCAUAGUGCUUUGCACAUAAAUCCCUGUGCUUAAUAAAUGUUUAUUGAUUAAUCAUGGCAAAAUUGGCCUUCAUAAGAAGUGAAAUCAUGUUGCUAGAUGCUACUCUGUACGCUCCCCCUCCCCCAACUUUGACACAUACUAAUUUGUAUAUCUUUUUAAAAACAAACAAGCCUAAUCUGUGCUUUUAACAGUUGGAAAUUCCCAGUGAAUUAUUUCCUUUAUCAAUGUAGUUUGGGUUCUUCUGUGCAACUUAGCAGUUUUAGAGAGUAUUGGGGGCACUGGCAUGUUCACUGGAUUGCCAAGAGUUAGGAGGCUUCUAUGUGUCUAAGGUGAGAUGUAAUUCCAGUUCUUAAUGAUUAUAGUCUGGCUCUCUUUCCACUAGCCUCCCAUUGUCUCUCAUGUAUAGAAAUAUUGUUAUUUAUGAUAAUUAUACAUGGAUUACAUAGAUGAGGUAACAUAUGAAUAGCAGCUAAAAAUCUACCACUAUCUUGGAAAUAGGAAGUUGCUUUUAAAAAAGAGAAAUAAGUAAGAGGCUAGGGGAUAAGAUAAUUUAAGAGCUUGAGCUGUUUUUUUUUUCAGCUGAAUUUUCAUAUGAAUUAUUUGUAUAAAAAAGAUAACAAUUAUAAAUGUCAUCUGUUCAUUGAAGCAGAACCUUAUCUUCUAAAAAUUUUGUUGGUAGUUAAUUAUAAGAAAGCACUCUAAGGAUAUAAAGUAUUUCUUUUCAAAUGUCUUAUAAUUAGGAUGCUUCUCUUAUUCAGGAUAGGUUUCUCUAAGAAAAGAACAACUUUCCCUUAUUUUUCAUAUUAUUUACAUGUUUAACUUCCUAUUAUAAUUGAACAGUAAUAAAAAUGUCCAUUUCUCUUAAUCAUCAAAAUGUUGAUGGAACUAUGAUAAUAUAUUACAUUUCUAUUACAGCAUUUUUUCCAAGUUAAAGUUUAGUUUAGCCAGCUUGUGAGGCUAUAUAGAUGGAUGAGUUUGCUUGAGUUAAUAUAUGAUUGUAGUCCAAUUUAAAGGUGGAGUAAAAUAAAGAAGAGAAAGAAAAUGGCUUUUUACUUAUGUAUCAAAAUUUAGUUUUAAAAACAAACAAAAAGCUAUUCUUCUCUUUUUAUGUAUAUUGCGGGAUAAAUUUCUGGGAGGCCAGGUUAUUCUCCAGGUGAGAUAGAAUGUUUCUAGGCCAAAUUGGGCCAACAAGGUAACACCCUUCCAAUAUAUUGAUCAUGUGUAGUCCUAUUUAGUACUAUUCCAUGGUAGUCAUUAAUGACCAAAAGGUAUCUUUUUUGGGGACAGGAUUAUCUUGUUUGUGAUUUAGUGACCAUAAUCUUAUUAAAAAUAUACAUUGGGCAUUUUUAAAUGUUCUGCCUAUGCACUAACAUUUAAUUAAGCAAAAAUCUCAUUUUAAAGUUAUUUAAAGUUAAAGCUGAACCCUUUCCUUUGUAAUACAAAUCUGAUUUUCAUUAUUCUGGGUCUGUAUGUAAAAUAUACAUAUGUAUACAUAUUUAUAUCUGUGUAUAUGUAUACAUAUACAAGUGUCUUUCUAUAUAAAUUUAACUAAAUGCUUUUAUUUUGAGGAUAUGUUGUUGACAAUUAAUUUCCCUCUAUAUGAAAUAUUGAGUUAUCAGUAAAGAUGUACAUAUGCAUACAUAAGAUAUUUUAGUACAAAUGACCAUUGCCCAUUCAAUGCUUUUUUGUUCACUUUGUGUAUCUUUUUUCCUGAUGAGAUCUCUCUUUAUAUAGAAGAGUUGUUGAUAUUUCCCCUAAAGAACUGGUCAAGAGUCAAACUGUUAGCUUUGUAGGAGAUAUAUUUUGAAAAUUAGCAGAUUCCUAUGGAUUAUCAUAAUGAAGUGAGUGACUAGAGACAAUGCUCAUAAGACAGAUAUAUUUUCUAAGCUGGAUGUGUUAUACUUGUACAUUCUCAGAUGCCCCGUAGCAUCUCUUAAGUGUCAGAGAUUACUCAUGUUCCUUCUUGUUUUAAAAUAAUUACUUUGCAGCACAGUUACAUGGUGGCAUCAUGUAUCUAUAUUGAAUAAAGCCAAGAAUAUUAAGUAUGAAGGUCUCAGAAAAAAAUGCUUCAGUUAAACAAGUUAUAUGUUCAGAUAAAUAUAUUUUUUGUAAUGCCUCAGUAAAUGUGUAGAGGAUAUGUUCUGCUUUUAAAAAAAUAUUUAUAUAUAUAUAUAUAUAUAUAUAUUCAUUUACACCAGGUAUUCAUUAUUUUAAAUAUUAAAUGCUUAUAAAAUAGUGCUUUGUUUUAAUACAUAAACAUGUUGAUAUAUAAUGCUCAUAAUUUAAUAGUAAAAUUCAUUGAAAUAUGAUGCUAAAGUACCACAUUUUUUUUGUAAAGUAUUCAUGUAACAUACUUUGAUUCACUAACUAUUUGGUUUUUAUUGGAAUUUAUCAAAGUUCAUCAUAUUGGAUAUAUCAAUUAUUAUUUUUUUAGUCUACAAUAAUAACUGGAAUAGUAAUCCUAUGUCAUAAAAUGUUAAUAAUAAAGUUUCACAUAAAAUAAA